GAUGUAUAUGGCCAUAUGCGCACAUUCAAAAUGAAAUUCUUGAUCAAUUUUCAGAUCAAUUUUUUCAAUGAGGAGGGUUGCCGCCAGCUACGUACUCCUAUCCCUCCUCUAAAUUAAAAAACUACCACCAAACUAAUUGCUAGUUAGCGCCAAAGUACGCCCUAAUUCAAUGAAGACUCCUAUUCAGUACGUUAACUGCUCUAUCAUAACUGUACUCAUAUUCAAUCCGAUCUCAAGAUAUACGUUGUAGCUUCUCCUCAGUGCUGCUUGGCGUGCUCAGAAUCACUUUUACGGUUGAAUUAAGCAGGUCACCAUCACAGAACUUCUACUCUAGCUUCCCAUGAUUCAAUUCAUUCCAUAGGAGUGAAGAGCAAUUUUAAUAGUACUAAAGCUUCCUUCAAUCCAAGUAACAAAGAUGUUGGAUACAAAAUCCAGACAAGAAUAGUGGUGAAUAUAAAUUAGGUAUUGCUGAAUUUAUUGAAGCCGCAAAGACAAACGUUGGACUAACGAUGCAACAAAAGAACAACAUGUAAGAUAAAACAUCUAAUAUACAUUUGCAAUUCUUUCAUCACUUUGUUACUGAAAAUUGCAUAUGCUUUUGUAAUGCUUAUAGGAACAAAUGGUUGCCAAGGCUAAUGAGUAUCUCGUAGAGAAGGCAAAGGAAUAUAACCUUCCUGAAGACACCCCUUUGAAUGAGAUACCUGUCGAUGAUCCUGAUAUUGGGCUUGAAAUUAUGACGUCUGUUUUAGGUUCCACACCAGGUCGCCUACGAGAGACAAAGCCAACAUCUAAAAAAGUGAAACACUUAGAAAAAGAAUUGGAGGUAGAACGAGCAGCACGGAAGGCUGCUGAUGCCGCUCGUAGAGAGGCAGAAGAAAAGAUGCAAAACACAUUGAGGAAUGUAGGGCAUAAAUUCAAUUUUACACUUCAAUCUUGGCAUCAAUCAUUAAUGCAAGUGGGUGUUGAUAUACCACCACUCACUCCUUUUUCUCUUGAAGAUGGUGGAGAACAUGAGAAUGCCACUAUCAUGGAUGACUAGUUCGUCCUACAUAAGUUACUAUAUUAAGUUUUUAGAUGAACGAAACAUUACAUUGACUACAUUUUUAAUUUCAAUUAUGUUACACAUUCCACUUUAUUAUGUGAUAAGUAUGUACUGUGUUUGAACUCAAAUUGUAAUAUUUCAUUUGGAGGUGAUUUGGAGA